ACACGCAAGACAAUAUGGAAGAGUUGUCGGGAGUUAUGAUAGUGUUGAUAAUAGGCGGCGGAGUUCUGGGUGUUACUAUAUGUUUCAUUUUCGCGAAACGGCAGAUCGUUCGAUUUACGCUCCGACAACGACGCGGACCCCAUGUCGCCGUUGGACACGAUGCUAAAAAGUCUAUCAAAAAGGAGAUCGAACGUAGGCUAGAUUGCAUACAGAAAAUAUAUUACGAACCCAAGCUCAUCUGGGAUGAUAAGCAGAAAGACGAUGAAAAGUACAUUCUGAAACCAGAUACAACCCUACCGCCGUAUUACUGGCGCAUGAAAGCGGUGGAUGAUGUGAAAGAGCUGGAACGUGAAAUAGCCAAACAGGACGGUGCUACCAGACACCCUAGGGAUAGUAUGAGAGCGUUCCUUCUAACCACGCUGGCGGCGCCGCUAAACGGAUCAGGCCAACGACUAAUUCAUCAGUUCUGUGAUAUGUAUGAACACGCUCGACAUGAUCCAAAUGAGUUUGGCGAAGAAGAAUACCAGUCCUACCGACGAUUGCUUAAAAAAUUGUUCGAAGCUACAAAGAUGCUCAAAUCGUACUCCUGCAGUCGAAAAUCUUCGCCAAAUCGAACGCCGGUGAAAAAACACUCCAAAAUGCAAUCCCUACUCGAUCCCGCCAGAUUACGCCCUCCGCCAGUAGCACUAACAGCAGGCAAUGCCGGUGAUACAAUCAUUUCGAACACUCGGAUGAAUCUAUCCCUUGCCGUACAAUUGCAACAGCAACAGCAAGAACAACAAUACCAACAACCCGAUCUUGAGGAAAACGAAAUUCUCAGCAUCUCACAGUACCACGGAGAAACAGAAACAUUUACUAUACGCAGGUCUUUCAAAAAUUGAAAUGGUCUGACUUGAUCGGAAUCGGUAAGAUGGUGGGUACUCCAAAGCUACUAGUAUAAAUAAAAUC